AUGCCCUCCGCAUGCCUCCCGAUCCCCGACCAGCAGCCGGCCGACCACUACGGGCGGUCCCACGCCCAGCGCACCGCUUCCCGCGGCUUCCCUGCUUCCCGCCCGGAUCCGCCUCCAAGCAUCGCGACAUGCACCGCACGCCGCGUCCCCGAGAGGCAGGCUGAAGGACAGCAAAGGAGAAUCGAGCAGGCAGACGGAACGACGGAACCGAAUGGGGCGCCCGUGCCAUCCGUUGCCGCGUUAACGCGCGGGCUGGGCGCGCCGCACAUGGGAGCCCAAGGGCGGAAUGCAGCCUGCGCGCGCGGCUGGGGACCGCGCGGGCGACGGAGAUCGGUCGUCUUGCCCGGCGCGGAGGCGCGCGCCCGGCCGAGCACCAGCGGGCAGGCCCGGGGACGAGAACGCUCACUCGCUCGCGCAGCAGCAGCAGAAGAAGACAAGGACAAAGAGAAGCAGGCGGCUGUCAACUUCCAGCGCUGCGCCAUCGUACGUGAUACCGGCGUGAUGGGAUCACACACGCUCUCGAGGGAGAAGCGCGAAGCCGCGUCCGCUGGGAGUGGGAGCAUCAGUAUGACCGCACCAUCGCCGCAUCGACAUCGACAUCGAUCCACAGAUGCAGAUGCCACGGAGACGGAGGGUGCCCUGCCAUUAGGCAGCGCGCCUGCGGAAUGCAGAAAACGACACGGACGGGGGGACGCACCGCGGACAGAGACAGACAACCGCCUGCGAGCGUGUCUGCCCUGCGCCCUGAGCCGCGGUCUUGGUCUUGGUUUUGGUUUUGGUGGCGAGUCGCGACCUUCGGGACACAUUACUUCGGGGCACCAGCCAAUAAGACGGGCCCGUCUGCGUCUGUGUCCGCGCCAAACGUAA